AUGUGCACUACAAACAUCUACACAUACGUCUACCCUGACGGACGUCGCGAGCAGUACUCUCAACCUACUCUCUGCGCCAACUCUCGUCACAACCAAGUCUGCGCCCAGAACUACCGCUUGGACCAUCCUCCCACAUACGUUUCUGCUUAUGAUGCUCCCGCAUUCUCUUACACCUCACAACUGCCUCCUACUCCCCAGUACAGCCCUGCGCCCUCGACGCCGUCAGGCUCGCACCGCUCUGGAGACGAGUCAGACCGCUCCUACUCUAGCUCCAACAGCAAGAAGGAUCGUUCAUCAGGUGUCUAUGUCAACGGUCAAAAGGUCCUCGACCUAAACCGCAAGCGUCGAGGAUCUCGACACCACCAGGAGCGCAUUGUCCUUGUCGACAGCCCUGCUUCCCCUCGCACUCCUCCUCAGCAAUGGUCCGCUCCUGCUUCUCCCAACGGAAACACCUACAUGGUCGACUCAUCCCGGGACUCCAACCACCGCCGCCCCGUCAUCGUCGAUGAGCGAACUCUCCAGCCUGAGCGCCGUGUCCAGAUCGAGGUCGUCGACAACCACCACCACCGCUCCAAGCACCACCGCCACGCCUCCAGCAGCUCCAAGGAAAGCCGCAACUCCAACGAAGACGAGGAGCGACGCCGCCGCCGCCACGAGGAGAAGCGACAGCAGGAGAAGGAGAAGCUUCUCCAGAAGCGCAUCGCCGAAGCCAACCAGGUCAUCGCCAGCCGUCCCGUCGCCGCUGCUCCUCUGGCUCCCAAGCGCUCAGCUACCUACAAGCGUCCAUCUGUUGAGAUCCCUGUUGAUCAGAUGCGCCGUCUGAGCUUCGAGGAGGAACGCCGUGACGACAAGGCCCGUCGCCUUGCUCGCCGCGAGGAGAAGAAGGAGGAGGAGGCACAGCGCGAGCGUCUCCGCGAGCGCAUGCAGCCCAAGCGACGUCUGACAGUCGGAGCUGAUACCAGACGCCCAACAGACAUCUACGAGCCUAUGUACCGCUACCAAUGA